AUGUUUAUUCCAGAUUGUUUUAUAAAAAUGACUAAUCCACGACUUACAACCGGUGCUCUUUUGAGAUAUUUACGUGGAAAUACUUCGGAAAAAGCGAUAUUACAAGUUGCCGGUAUUAAAACAAUUGAUAGUAAAACUGAUGAUUCGUCAACAGCUAUGAAACGUUAUCGUUUGAUGUUAUCUGAUGGAAAUAGCACAUUUUCAUCAUGUAUGCUUGGUACACAAAUGAAUAAAUUGAUUGAAACAAAUUCUUUAAAAGAAAAUUCUAUUGUACGUAUUGAUCGUGUUAUGGUUAAUAUAAUUGAUAAACAAAAUGGACGAGUUAUGCUCAUGAUUCAUGAACUUGAAGUAGUUCAAAGUGAUUGCGAGCUAAUUGGACAACCAGCUGCAUUACCAUUAACAGAUAUUAUUAAUAAUGGUAGUAGUAUAAAUCGUAUGGAAGCAACAGAAAACUCUCCAGUUGCAGCACCUGCAACUACAAAUGUCAUCCGACCAGGAUCUAAAGCAAUACCAACAUUAGAUGAUCGAAAUAAUACGAAAAACUCAAAUAAUGAUAAUAAUCGAUUUGCUUCCAAAAGUAGUAAUGCUCUUGAUAAAGAACGAAUUGUUGAAAUUGAUACACUUAAUCCAUAUAUGAAUAAAUGGACAAUUAAAGCUCGUGUUAGUAAUAAAGGUCAAAUUCGUAAUUAUCAAAAUGCACGUGGUCCAGGAAAAUUAUUUAGUUGUGAUCUUGUUGAUCAAUCAGGUGAAAUUCGUGCAACAGCAUUCAAUGCUGACUGUGAUAAAUUUUAUCCUUUACUUGAAGUUGGCGGAAUUUAUUAUAUAGCUCGAGCAUCACUUAAACCAGCUAAUCGUCAAUUUAAUACAUUAAAGAGUGAUUAUGAAAUGACAUGGAAUCAUGAUACAUGUAUUGAAGCAUGUAAUGCUGAUGAUGGUCAAAAUAUUCCUCAAGUUCAAUUUAAUUUUAUUCCAAUUUGUGAAAUUGCUAAUCGACCAGUAAAUAACACUUGUGAUACUAUUGGUGUUGUUAAAAGUACGUCAGAUAUUCAAACAAUUGUUAGUAGAGCAUCACAAAAAGAAUUUAAUAAACGUGAAUUACUUUUGGUAGAUGAAAAAGCAUCAAUAGCAGUAACAUUAUGGGGACAACAAGCUGAAGAAUUCAAUGGUUCAUCAAAUCCUGUUCUUGCUUUGAAAGGAGUUAAAAUUGGUGACUUUGGUGGUCGAUCAUUAUCAUGUUUUAAUAGUACAUUAAUUUGUAUUGAACCAUCUGACACACCACGUACAGCUGAACUUCGUGCUUGGUAUGAUGCUGAAGGAAAAUCAAUGGAUUUACCUGAUUUAUCAAAAGGAUCAGAUGGUGGAAAUCGACAAGCAUCAUUUAAAACUUUAUCUCAAGCUAUUAAUGAUGGUACAGGAACAAGUGAUAAACCUGAUUAUAUUAAUGUUAAAGGUAUAUGUACAUUAAUUAAAAAAGAAUCAGUUGUUUAUAUGAUGUGUCCUGAAGAACGAUGUGGAAAAAAAGUUAUUGAUGAAAAUAAUGGUACAUAUAGAUGUGAAAAAUGUAAUAAAUCAUAUACUAAUUUUAAAUGGGCUUAUAUGGUUUCGGCUGAAAUCACCGAUAAUACUGGAUCUCAGUGGAUAAAUGUAUUUCAUCAUGAAGCUGAAACAUUACUUGGUAUUACUGCUGAAGAAUUUGGUAAUCAUAAACUGAAUGUAAAUAUUUCAUAUUAA